AUGUUUGCAUUUGAAUAAGCUCAUAAUUGCUUUUUGGCAAUAAACCUUUUGAGAUCUUUUGACUCAAGAAGUUUUUCAACAUUAGAGAAAAUAAACUACAAGAUUAAUGAAGCCUAUCAAAUCUAUCUAAUCUUAAAAGUUAUUCAAGAUAGAAGAAAAUACUAAAAUGGAUACAAACACAAAUAAUAUGGUGUAGUUUUAGAUGAAUAAUAAAUAUUAAAAGGCUCCUAUUAAAAUGGAAGUAUUCCAGAUUAUAUAGGGGAAGACAAUAUUGAACCAGAUCACUUUAUUCAAGAUGUUAUGGAAUUUUGGAGGUCAUUUCUUGGAAAUAAUCAUAAGCUAGAUGUGAAAAGUAUUAAAGAAAAAAGUGACAAAGUUGCUGAAAGAGUCUUAUAAGUUCAAUAGCUAUUUCAGAAAAUUAACUUAAUCUCUAAAUAUGCAGACUAAAAGCUGUAUCAUUGCUAUGCUCUUGUUUAAAAACUUUUAAUUAAUGACAUAUAGAGCUAUGAGCUUUAUAUGAACAAGAUGAAAAGUCUGAUUAAUAUGCAACUACUAUUCAAAAAUAACAAUAAGUAAUUUUACUCAGAUACAGAUUUAGGAGUAGUUCUUGUUAACUCAUUUAGUCCAGAUUUCGGAAAAAUUAUAAGUGCUAAUUAAAUUUUAAUGAAAGUUUUAGGAUUUACUCCUGCUGAUUUGAAGCAUGCAAGAAUUUCUGCUAUUCAACCUAAAAUUGUUAAAGAAAACCAUGUAAAGUUUGUAAAUAGGUUUGUUCAAACUGGAGAUUCAAAUUUGAUACAUUCUAACAGUAAUCUUUUUGCUAUCCAUAAGAAUGGCUAUGCAGCACCAUACCAGAUAAAUGUUUUGUGCCAUUAUUCAUUAAAGCACGGUCAUACUCUAAUUGUCUUCGUUUCACCUAUAUUUGAGAUAUAGUUAUAAAAAAACGGCCCAAAAAUGUCUCCUUAUGACUUAAUGUACUUUUUAACAGACAAAAAUGGAGUUAUAUAAGAAGUAUCUGAAAAAGUUUAUCAAAUUCUAGGAAUAACACCCAAACAUUUGAAUACAUAUGAAGUGAACGGGGAGGAAGGAGAUUAUUUGAAUAUUUCUGAUAUCAUCCCAGAUCUAACUCUUAAAAAUUUGGAAAAUAAUGUAGAUUCUGAACAAAAAGAUAAAUCAAACGUUUUCGAGUUCUAUUUUAAUCUAGAUCUUGAAGUUAUGAAUAACUUAAAAUACUAAAAUUAAAAAGAUUUUGCAAAGUCUAGAAAAAUUAAAGCACUAGCAGUAAUGUUUCAAGAAAUAUUUUCUUUGGGAAUAUGCUAAAUGAAUAUAAUUGCUGUUUAGCUAUUUGUUUGUAAUAAUGAUCACAAUAAGUUCUGUAAAUUUAUCUCUAACUAAAAAAACUUCAGACAAUCUGUCAGUUCAAAUAAAAACUUUGAUGCACAGCUACUAAAGGAUUGA